AUGCCCCUUUUCCAUGAUCCAGACCGCCGGUAUUAUUCCGGGUGGUCUGGUGACCGCACCCAGUACCAGGCUGGGCAAGCAGCCCAAAGGUCCUCUGAGCAACUGUUAGACGAAGAGCAUCUUGAUGAACCUGAAAGCGGAUCAUUUACAAUGGAAAACUUUCAGCCAUCGUCUCCAGAGCACUCUCCAACAAGGCUGUGGAGUUGUGACGAGCGCCAGGAACUUAUACAACGAAUCAAAGAAUCAUCGCCCUGGAGGCUUCAGUAUAAGAAUAGCGACCACGGCGAUGGGCUGUGUUGUAUGUCUCACAAAACCCCUGGGGAGCAGAAAACAGAUAGCAUCAUUGAGGGGAAUUUAGAGCAACCUCAAAGUCAUUCAAACCCACCAGAUCAUCCAGACAAAUUAGGAUCGCCUGCCGAUAUCCAGAGACCUCGAUCUGCACUCCACUCAGGUGAUUUUCGUGAGGGGGCAACAACUGCUCCCCCGGACUCACCUCGGCCUCGGUUUACACAACCUAGCCCCCUUUCUAUAUCUCCACAUCUAGGGACAUCCCCCACUUCCCCAUGGUUUGGGGCAUCCGCCUUUCCGUCCGCUUCUGGGCAUAUCAAUGUCCUUGGUGAACAGCGGCAGUCAGAGAUUGGCCUGCAAACCCGUUCCAGGGCCCCCUCUCUUGGGUCUUUCUCGUCAAGUUAUGUCCUGAAAGUUCCCACAAGCCCUCUUGUGUAUCAAGCCAACAACACGGAUCUUGAUUUUUCGCCAGUCGACCCGAAAGAGCCUGGACCCGGGGAGAGAGCCAACAGACGACGAACCUUGCCACCGGAGUCUUUUCGUCACCUCCAAGCAUCUCCUAGUAGCAUCCGAGCUAUCGAUAUCCAGACACCUUAUUCACCUACUAAUGAUGCUGAAUGUCAGUCUAACCAUGUUCCUCGACGGACAUUGACAUCGGCAUACAGCCUCCAAUUGGCCUCAACGUGCAACAACGCUACUUAUAAGGCAAGAAGACCAUCUCUUGCUUCUGAUCUAUGCCCCACAGCUCAUGCACCGAUGGUUGGGUCCUACGAAGAAUCCAUCUUGCGAGGACGGAUGUCGAUGAACCCGUCCAAGCCUCUGGAUUUUACUGCACAGAUCGGUGUCCUAGGAAAAGGCAAAUGCAAAGGACAUUUGAAAUGCCCUCCGCACAUCACUGUUCCUUUUCCGGCGGUAUUUUAUAGCUACCCGACGUCGGGUAGCGGUCGUUCUAUCUCAGAUGAUAGCCCUAGUCCUUAUGUGGGGCAAAUUGAUCUAGAAAACUCGCUGUCCAAGGACGAUCCAAGCACAACCCGGCGCCGUAGACGGCACUUUAGUCCUGCGAUAGCCACUGGAGACGGAGCGGGAGGUGAGAAAGGAACUCCUCGGGCUCUGGGUGCAGAUGUCAAACGUCGCCGGGAAAAGAAGAAUCGCAGAGCGGAGUCACCGAAAUGUCCCCCAGGCGGAUACUAUCGAAUCCCUCAGCAGGGUCAACUGCAAAUCAUCAUCAAGAACCCCCACAAGACCGCCGUGAAGUUAUUCCUUGUGCCUUACGAUCUCAGUGAUAUGGAACCAGGAACGAAGACCUUCAUUCGACAAAGAAGCUAUUCGGCUGGUCCGAUUAUCGAUAUGCCACUGAGCGCCCGGAAGAACUACGGCACUGAUCGCCCCGAGGCUUCUCUAAACGCCACAGAAAACCCUCACGAUAAGCCAACUCUCCGAUAUCUUAUCCACCUUAAUAUCUGCUGUCCCUCCCGAGGUCGCUUCUAUCUCCAUUCCAGCAUUCGAGUCGUCUUUGCAAACCGAGUUCCAGAUGGUAAAGAAAAAUUACGGAAUGAGAAUCAACUCCCAGAGCCUCGUUAUAGCCCAUAUAAACCCAACCGAGAGCCCACCCUCUCAGCAUCGGCCAGUGCUCGGUUGGCGAUCGAGAAGGCCACACGCAGACGGAGUGCCGGCCAGGGCAUGGUCCCAUUCCUAAGUCAAGGUUCAAGCGAUGGUGCGUUGCAUUGGACGUCAGCCGACUUCAUGGAGUUAUCAGAAACUCAGCAGGCAGAUGGUGCUCUGUACAACAACCUCAAUAAGAACGAUAUCAAGUACGGGGGCAACUUUCUUUCCUCUCGCCAGGGUAGUUCGGAUACGGGUGAGAGUUUACUUGCAAAGAGACUUCGUGGCCUGGAUGUUCACAAACCAGAAUCAUUUGAUCAUGCAUGA